AUGGCCACCGGGAACACCUUGGGGCCCACCCCAAAGGACGUGUAUCGCACGCUCAAUCUGGUGGUGCAAUGUCUGUGCAUUCCGAUUGUAUCAGCGGCUGUCGCCUUGCGAUUUUACACUCGUUUUCGAUUCAAGCAGCGCCUCGGAGUUGAAGACUAUGCAUGCACUGUAGCUUGGGGCCUGUUCAUGGCAUAUUGCGCAAUUGGUAUCCUCAUUGGUCGCCAUGGAGGAGGUUAUCACGCCGACGAAGUCCUGGCUUGGGACCCCGCGGAGAUCAUUCAAUUCAAGAAGUUCUGCUACAUCGCCACCCUUCUUUACUGCCCCAUGGCACUAUUCGUCUUCUUCAUCUACGGCCUUCUCGGCGCACUCUGCAUCUACUACACCGUCGCCCUGAUCAUCAAAAUCCGCAUCUGUUACCCCAUUCCAUAUUACUGGCUGGGAGAUGAGCUCGAGGGUGGUGGGACUUGUCUUGACCAGACGGCCGCCCUGAUCGCCGACUCCGUUAUCAGUGUCGUUAGCGAUAUCAUUAUUCUCAUCCUACCCUUGCCGAACAAGAAGCUACGUGUUAUGGGUCUGCUCGGAGCCGGUGGUUUCGCUGUAGGCUUUAGUCUGUAUCGACUCGUGUUGGUGCUCCAAGAUGGUACAUCACCCGAUCAGACGAUCGUCUUCAUGUGUGUCAUUAUGUCUGGAAAUGCCGAGGGUGGUGUCGGUCUAAUCUGCGCUUGUCUCCCCGUUCUGAACGUCUUGCUCGCUCAUUACCGGAAGAACUACUCGUCCCAAAAGUACUACAACCAGAGCUCCGAGAUUCAACUCGGAGACCGCAAGACAGGGUCCACAUCUAAGAAUGCGUCGCAAUGGGACAAGGCAACGAACUUCGGUGAUCAAAGUCACCUUAUUUCCUUUGCUGGAGCCCCUGAGGCAGCGGACUCUCUGUAUAAUGAGAAUGGUAUCCGCAAGACAGUUGCGGUAGAACAAACUGUCGAGAGCCGAGAUAGUGAUAGCCGCUGA